GUCUGCUCGAUCGGCUCCGGAGCUCCAAGCUGCCUGGACUCACGCAGAAGAAGCUGCAGAGAAGCACAGCGGCCAACGCAGAACGGAAGGGACGGACCAACACCAGCCGCGCUGCUCUGCACGGCAGGAAGGUGGGGCGCGCUGUGCAGAAGCCACCAACAAGCUGCCGUCCUUCAUCAUUUAUCAUUUAAAGCGGGAUUCACCUGGGGGACCCACAUGGCUACUGAGGAGACGCGGAACGGCAGAACAUUCUGAUCCUUUGUUGAAGACGGGACAAAGCAUGAAGUUUGCGACUGCGGUGCUGUGGUUCUCUUUGGCUCUUGGAGAGGCGGCUGCGCAAGUCCAGGAGGACUUUGUGUCUCUGGCUGAGAUGGAAGAUUCCCUGCUAAGAAAUCUCUUCAAAGGUUAUCAGAAGUGGGUGCGGCCCGUCGGUCAUGCCAAUGACACCAUCACUGUACGCUUUGGACUGAAGAUCUCGCAGCUGGUUGAUGUGGACGAAAAGAACCAGCUGAUGACUACAAAUGUGUGGCUCUGGCAGGAGUGGACUGAUGUGAAGCUGAGGUGGAACCCGGAGGACUAUGGGGGCAUUACGUCGAUCAGAGUCCCUUCAGAGACUAUAUGGCUACCUGACAUUGUUCUCUAUGAAAAUGCUGACGGUCGUUUUGAAGGUUCCUUGAUGACUAAAGCCAUCGUGCGCUGGGAUGGCACUAUAACAUGGACUCCCCCUGCCAGUUAUAAAUCGUCCUGCACCAUGGAUGUCACCUUCUUCCCCUUUGACCGGCAGAACUGCUCCAUGAAAUUCGGCUCAUGGACCUACGAUGGGCACAUGGUGGACCUGGUCCUGGUGGACCACCAUGUCGACCGCAAAGACUUCUUUGACAAUGGCGAAUGGGAGAUCCUCAAUGCCACAGGAAUGAAAGGAAGCAGGAGGGAUGGGGUGUACUGGUACCCAUUCAUCACCUACUCCUUCAUCCUCAAGAGGCUGCCCCUGUUCUACACUCUCUUCCUCAUCAUCCCGUGCCUCGGCCUGUCCUUUCUAACUGUGCUGGUCUUCUAUUUGCCAUCAGACGAGGGAGAAAAGCUGUCCCUUUCCACAUCAGUGCUGGUGUCACUCACUGUAUUCCUUUUGGUCAUAGAAGAAAUCAUCCCUUCAUCUUCAAAGGUGAUCCCUCUUAUUGGAGAGUACCUCCUCUUCAUCAUGAUCUUCGUCACCUUUUCAAUCAUUGUUACAGUUUUUGUGAUUAAUGUUCACCAUCGCUCCUCUGCCACCUACCACCCUAUGGCCCCCUGGGUAAAGAGCCUGUUUCUUCAGAGACUGCCCAAGCUGCUCUGUAUGAGGGGCCACACUGAUAGAUAUCACUUCCCAGACAUCGAGAUGCGAAGCCCGGAUCUGAAGUCCCGCAGAGGCGCAGGGAGGAGGGCUGUUCCCGGUGGCAACCAGCAGAGAGGAGCCUUCGGAGGGAAGGAGGAUGAGAACCAAGCGUGGUUGGCAAUGCUGGAGAAAGCUACAAGCUCUGUUCGCUACAUCAGCCGUCACAUCAGGAAGGAGCACUUCAUACGAGAGGUUGUUCAGGACUGGAAAUUCGUGGCUCAGGUGUUGGACAGGAUUUUCCUGUGGGCCUUCCUCACAGUGUCAAUCCUGGGAACUAUUUUAAUCUUUACUCCUGCUCUGCAGAUGUACCUCAGCACACCUUCGUAAACUCAACCUCAUAAAAAAAAACCUUCUCUUGUCAGGUUCUAUGAUUUAUUCAAAAACUUAUUACGGUGUAUUCCUAUUGUAUAUAUAUAAAAAAAAAAAAACAACAACCUCAGGCUCCAAGCUUCCCAUUCUUAACAGUACGGUUUGCAGCCUCAAAUUACACCUGGAGACCGUAAUGUCAGUCAACCUGCCCUUUAUUCCAAGCUGCAUGUUCAGGGGUGUAAAGAAGUAAGAGCAAUAAACAGGUCAAAUUAGUGUGAAUGAGUUAAGCAUCUGUAUUUAUAUGACUGUAAUGUUGCCAUUGUAAAUGCAAUAAAAUGCACAAAUAUCACUUCAUUUUAUUUCUUACAUUCACUUUGUUGACAACCCAUUUGUAUCUGUCUGUAUGUUCUGCACAAUGAUCUGAUUAAAAUAAAGCUGGAAUCUGUUUUA